AUGGAGAAUUUCAAUAACAGCACCGCAACCAACGAAGAAUGGAACCAAGCAUCUGUGAACGCGACCCACGACAUCAUCCACAACCCCCUAGUGCAAUCCAUCUUCUUCAUGGUGUACACCACGAUCUUCGUGUUAGGCAUAUUCGGCAACGUUUUAGUUUGUUACGUGGUGUUUAGAAGUCGCGCCAUGCAGACAGUAACCAACCUCUUCAUAACCAACUUGGCUCUAUCCGACAUUUUGCUGUGUGUCCUCGCUGUGCCCUUCACUCCUCUGUACACGUUCCUGGGCGAAUGGGUGUUCGGGAGCGUCAUCUGCCACCUGGUGUCGUACGCCCAGGGCGCCAGUGUGUACAUUUCAACCCUUACUUUGAUGUCAAUAGCCAUCGAUCGCUUCUUCGUCAUCAUCUACCCUUUCCACCCCCGCAUGAAGAUCUCAACUUGCAUCUUCAUCAUCGUCAUCAUCUGGGUGUUCUCGAUCCUGGUCACCCUCCCAUAUGGAAUCUACAUGACGUACUUCCAAGGCAACAGCACUGACACCACCACCAAAGUCAAGUACUACUGUGACGAAAACUGGCCUAGUGAAAAGUGGCGCAAGCUCUUCGGUGGUUUCACCACCACCAUGCAGUUCAUCUUCCCCUUCUUCAUCAUCAAGUUCUGCUACAUUUGCGUCUCAAUCAAACUCAACGACCGUGCAAGGAGCAAACCAGGCUCGAAAAACUCUCGCAAGGAGGAAGCCGACCGCGAACGCAAACGACGAACUAACCGGAUGCUGAUCGCCAUGGUGGCAAUUUUCCUCAUCUCCUGGCUCCCCCUCAACUUGAUCAACCUCAUCAACGACUUCUACGACCAAAUCGGCAACUGGGAGUACUACCUUCUUAGCUUUUUCCUAGUGCACGCUUUGGCGAUGUCCUCCACGUGCUACAACCCGUUCUUGUACGCCUGGCUGAACGAGAAUUUCCGCAAGGAGUUUAAGCAAGUGUUGCCGUGUUGCGACUCGGGGUCGAUGCGGGUGCCGCCUGGACGGCUGGGGAACUGGAGGUCGGAGAGGACGUGCAAUGGGAAUAACGAGACGCAGCAAGAGUCGCUCCUGCAGAGUGGAGUGCACAGAGCUGCGUCUAUCAGGGAGAGGAAAUCGACGCCGCCACCGCUGAAAACCGACAGUGUGGAGGUGGAGAAUAUUCUGGUGCCAAAUGCUAACAGUGGGGUUCCGGGGGCGGUUUACGACUCGGCGGCCGAGACCGUCAGGUUGAGGCUGAUUACGGAGGAGGAGCCGCCUCCUUAUGACGCUUCCAUGAAAAUUGGAGAGUAAUAGUCGACUACAGUAUUGCAACUCUGGACUGAUGGCGAUCUUCAAAGUUCCCAAACAUUUCUCGAAGUAUUUACAUUGGAUUUAACUCUGUGUCAAGGUGUUAUUCGGCGUUCUUUGUGUACAUAAUAUUCACCUCUAGUGAUAAAGCUUAGCCUACUGUGUAUUAUAAUUAUAUUAAUUUUGUAUAUACUAUAUAUUUCUAAAAUAAAUAUCGUUAUGUGACGGAA